AUGCCGCGGCCGCCGCGCGCCUCCUACGGCGAGCACAAGCCACCCUUCUCCUACAUAUCGCUCACCGCCAUGGCCAUAUGGAGCUCGCCGGAGCGCAUGCUGCCGCUGGCGGAGAUCUACCGGUUCAUCACGGACCGCUUCCCGUACUACCGCCGCAACACGCAGCGCUGGCAGAACUCGCUGCGGCACAACCUCUCCUUCAACGACUGCUUCGUGAAGGUGCCCCGGCGGCCGGACCGGCCCGGCAAGGGCGCCUACUGGACGCUGCACCCGCAGGCCUUCGACAUGUUCGAGAACGGCUCGCUGCUGCGCCGCCGCAAGCGGUUCAAGCUGCACAAGGGGGAAAAGGACAGCCUCAACGCUGAGUUGGCAGCGCUGGUGGAUUUCGACCGGGCGUUCUCGUCGGGUCGGACGGACGAAGCGCUUCAGACGGAACGAAGUCCAGAAAUAAGGUCGGAGCUUCGAGUAUCAAAAGCGACACCGAAGAAACCGUUUACGAUAGACAACCUGCUGAACAGCGACGUGGAAGUGGACUCGGGAGACGAGGCGAGUGAGGUGGAGCCCCGCGUUAGGGCGCCCGCGCCGACCGCCGCGGAAGUGUUGAUGGCUGCCAUGUGGAACCCCAUGCUGCCCUUCCAUUACAAUUAUUUGGUGCCUUUUAAUUUUCCAAUGAGUUUCAAUCAUGAUUUGAACAGUGCGUGUUAUUAUCCUCCCCUAGAUCGGUGUCAUAGCGGCACCGAUCUCAUUGAGGACGUGACUGUCUUCGUGCUGUGUGGCCCGCGAACUCAGGAGCGGAUCUAG